AUGAUGGGGACAAGGAAUACAUGCUCUUCUGGCUUAAGAUUUAUCUUCAUUGGUUUAGGAGAUGGCCUGAAAACUCAUGCCGAGGAUUCACGUAAAGUUCAAUUACAGACCUGGUUUCGUUGGCGGACAAAUGCAUCCAAGAAAAAUCACGGCUUAAAGAAGGAUAUGUCCAUCUUUGAAGCUGCACUGGUACCGAAGUCACAUACAAAAUCCACUGAAGAGAUAUACAUGGACAUGGUCUAUAAUGAAUGGAUCAAACCUCUCAUCAAGGCCGAACAAGAGGCAGGUAACAUAAGUACAGCUGGCCAGCGCAUGGCAUUGGGCCGAAAGUUUUGCAAGGAGCUCCUGGAAGACAAGUCAGACCAGGUUAAGGAUGAAGUGAGAGAGAAGUAUGAUAAACAGAAAAAGGUAAAGAGGGUCAUGUUAGACAAUGAAGAUGACAAUGAUGAAACUGAUGCUGAUGCCAUUGCAAAAGCUAUCAAUGAUUUACCAAUCAUAUGCCAGCGCUUUGCAUAUCUCAUCAAGAAAAAAACUCAAUUCAUAGUCUCCUUCAUGUGUGCCGGACCAAAGCCGAGGCAUGAUUGGGACAUUGUUUCAUUAUCGUGCCAUCCAUCAGAAACCCCCGCUGGGAGUAAUUUUUCUCAAUUGUGCCCCAACAAGGACAACACCUUCCUUGCAGCAUACCAGCAAUACGCUGAGUUGAUAUUCCAUAAGCCAAUCUUUACUGUGUUGAAGAUGACAAUGAGCUUGAAGAGCUUGAAGGAUGCGACAAUGGUGAAGAGGAUGGAGGAUGUGAUGGUUCCAUGGAUUGGAAUAUUCCAGGUCUUUAUAUUGUUUUAUGCCCGCCUGAUGCAAGCUGAUGCAUCAAUGUCAGGCUUUGGUAAUACCAAAGCUGGCAUCAGUGAUGCAUCAUCAUUCAAUGAACUUGAUCAAUCCGUGUUUAACUCCGAGGCUCAGCCUGAUGCAUGGUCAGGUUUUGGUAAUUUCGAAGCUGGCAUCAGUGAUGCAUCAUCACUCAAUGAACUUGAUCAAUCUAUGUCUAACUCCAAGGCCCAGCCUGAUGCGUCACUUGCACAGCCUCAACUUCACGCAUCAUUUGAUUGGCACAACAUUAGUACACUGCCUCCCGAUCCAACUAGUGUGCCUGGGCUGAAUGAGGUGUUCGGGUCAUUGAACCUCUCACCAAGUCUGGUGAAGUAA